CCCGAGCUAAGGUGGCUGCCGCCCUGUAGCGCCGCGCUCGCGCCCCGCCGCGCGGGCUCCUGGGGCUCCUCCCGCCCCCGCUCCGGGCCGCGAGCCGGCGGCGCCUGUCGGGCCCUGAGAGCCCCGUCCCCGGUGUGCAGCGGCGGCCGCCGGGCCGGGGCUGAGCCCGCUGGCGGCGGCGGCGGCGGGAGCAUGAACCCGGAGAAGGAUUUCUCGCCCCUGGCGCCCAGCGUGGUGCGGGCCCUGAACGACAAGCUCUACGAGAAGCGGAAGGUGGCGGCGCUGGAGAUCGAGAAGUUGGUGCGAGAAUUUGUGGCUCAGAACAACGCAGCGCAGAUCAAGCAUGUGAUCCAGAUCCUGUCGCAAGAGUUCGCACUCUCACAGCACCCUCACAGCAGGAAAGGGGGGCUCAUCGGCCUGGCAGCCUGCUCCAUUGCUCUCGGGAAGAAAUCAAAUGGCUUAAAGAUGAGUGGAUUGAAACCUUCUGCCGAACAAUUGCAAGAAGACCUGGCAGGAGACUUGGCAGUCACUGUUGGCUUCAGUAGGACUAUUGUCUCUGGUUCCUGGCUUAAACAGGAGGAUUCUGGGCUGUACCUGAAAGAGCUGAUUGAGCCGGUGCUGACUUGCUUCAACGAUGCUGACAGCCGACUGCGGUACUAUGCUUGCGAGGCCCUGUAUAACAUCGUCAAAGUGGCCAGGGGCUCUGUCCUCCCACACUUCAACGUGCUGUUUGAUGGCCUGAGUAAGCUUGCCGCUGAUCCAGACCCAAAUGUGAAAAGCGGCUCUGAACUACUGGACCGACUUCUCAAGGACAUCGUGACUGAGAGUAACAAGUUUGACCUCGUGGGUUUCAUCCCGCUCCUGCGGGAGAGGAUUUAUUCCAACAACCAGUACGCCCGGCAGUUCAUCAUAUCCUGGAUCCUGGUGCUAGAGUCGGUGCCUGACAUUAAUCUCCUGGGUUACCUGCCGGAGAUCCUGGAUGGACUCUUCCAGAUCCUGGGAGAUAACAGCAAAGAGAUCCGGAAGAUGUGUGAGGUGGCCCUCGGGGAGUUCCUUAAAGAGAUCAAGAAGAAUCCUUCCAGCGUCAAGUUUGCAGAAAUGGCCAACAUUCUAGUGAUUCACUGUCAGGCUUCUGAUGAUCUGAUUCAGCUGACAGCCAUGUGCUGGAUGAGGGAAUUCAUCCAGCUGGCUGGUCGGGUGAUGCUGCCCUACUCCUCAGGGAUCCUGACCGCUGUUCUGCCAUGCCUAUCCUAUGAUGACCGGAAGAAGAGCAUCAAAGAGGUAGCUAAUGUGUGUAACCAGAGCCUGAUGAAGCUGGUCAUCCCAGAAGAUGACGAAACGGAUGAGGGCAAGCAAUCCCUGAGCCUCCAGAUGGAACCCAAGGAGGAAUCCCUCUCCCAGCAGCAGGUGACCUCCAGCGGCUGCCUGGAAGCCUCCAGCAAUUCCAGCCUCAGCAGCACCAGUGUCUUCAAUGCAAGCAGCACUGACCGGGUCCCGGUGACCCUCAACCUCGAUGGGAUAGUGCAGGUAUUGGACUGCCACCUUCACGACACAGCCACCGGGAUGAUGACCAGAAUUGCAGUCCUAAAAUGGCUCUAUCACUUGUACAUCAAGACUCCACGGAAGAUGUUCCGGCAUACAGACAGCCUCUUUCCCAUUUUGCUGCGGACCUUGUCGGAUGAGUCAGACGAGGUUAUCCUGAAGGACCUAGAAGUUUUGGCUGAGAUCGCCUCCUCUCCUGCAGGUCAAACAGAAGAUCAGGGGCCAUGUGAUGGCUCUGAUACGCAAUUCAGCCAAUCGGAGUUACACAUUCCUGUCAAAGCCAGCCAGCUGAGCUCCUCUGGUAUGAAAGGCAUGGAGUGCUCCCCCUCAACCCCCACCAUGAACUCCUACUUCUACAAAUUCAUGAUUAACCUACUCAAGAGAUUCAGCAGUGAGCGGAAGCUGCUGGAGACCAGAGGAGCAUUCAUCAUCAGGCAGCUUUGUCUGCUUCUCAAUGCAGAAAACAUCUUCCACUCCAUGGCAGACAUCCUGCUGCGGGAAGAGGACCUCAAGUUUGCCUCGACUAUGGUCCACACUCUCAACACAAUAUUGCUGACUUCCUCCGAGCUCUUCCAGCUGAGAAACCAGCUGAAGGACCUGAAGACCCCGGAGAGUCGUAAUCUAUUCUGCUGUCUCUACCGCUCCUGGUGCCACAACCCUGUGACGACCGUGUCCCUCUGCUUCCUCACCCAGAACUACAAACAUGCUUACGACCUCAUCCAGAAGUUCGGGGACCUGGAGGUCACAGUGGAUUUCCUAACUGAGGUAGACAAGCUGGUGCAGCUCAUCGAGUGUCCAAUUUUCACAUGUGUGUGCGCUCACCACAUGCACCGGUGCUGGAAGUUUUUCCCUCAGUGGUAUCCGUAGGGGACCAGCUCUGGUGCCCUCUGGAGCGGCACACGAAUGCCAUGGAAUAAGGGGCACUGCCAGCUCUCUUCCCUCCCUCCCCCCGUUCAUUCUUGCCAGAAACUCAGACAUUGGGGAAGGAGGUCAUGGAAUGGACAUGAGCAACACAUCCCAAAGAACACCAGUUACGGAAACAGGUAACUGUCUCUUCCAGUCAGAUGGACUGGUUCAGCCAGCAGAUUUCUUUUGCCCCUCCUGUCUAAGAGACCCAGAGAGCAGAAGGCUGCUGAGUUACCCCAACUGCUUUCUGCAGCCCUUGGACAAACCUGACACUGCUUAACUUCCAAGUUGUGUUGUGAUCUCAGCACAAGGGGAUGUGGCUGCAAGGCACAACAUGUAACAGCCUCACUAGGAUGGGAAGCCCCUGAAGUGAUGGACAAAGUUACUCACUGCAGAAAACAGCUGUCACAGUGGAUGCAGAGCGAGGGCUGAGCUUCGCAGAGUACCUAUCUGAAAUUCAAGCUGGACCAAGGCACAGUAUUACACAUUCCUGCUUGGGACCUCAGCUGCUGGAGUCAUGUGGGUACACUGGAAUCUCCGCUUUCAUUUAAAAACCAAGACAGUUUCUAGCCCUCAUGAGUGGGAAGAAAAGCUUGAAAAUGUGGCCUGAGUGUAACCAAUGCAGCAACGUCUGCGUGCGUCUGCAGAGAGCCUGAAAGAACUGCUCAGAGAAGGAUGAACUGUUCCAUACUUCUCAGUGGGGUGCCAACUCCAAGGCCUACUGCUCUGAGAGCAGUCCCACUAACCCCACCCCAGAAGAGGACUUCAUAUAUGGCAGGAGAAGAGUGCAGCAGACCUGCCCUUGUCCCCCCUCAUCAGAUACACUUGGCUGCUCAGGUGAGAGUGGGGGGGUGCUCGGUACUGCUCCUAAUGGGAAGGAUGCCCAGAAGCUUCUGCUGCUCCAGUAGUCGGUAAGGAGACCCCAUGCAGCUGCUGCUGAGUGAGGGGUGGGGCUGUAACGGUGGCAUGAUGGGCUUUAGUCCAGCUCUGCUCUAGAGAUGAUGACCAUGUCCCAGAGCAUGUACACAUAUGGUAUCGCCAACCCCCAACAUACACAGAUCAGGAGUCAGGCCCCCAAAGAUCAUGAGAUUGGCUUAAAAUCAUGACAUGUAAAAGCAGGUAGUUUGGGCGUGGUCCUUCCUUUUGUGGUCCGAGCUGGUCAGGUGCACAUGAGACUCAUGGUCAAGCUUUUCUCUGCAACCAUGAGGCUAGAAACUUUUUUCUUUUAAUUAAAAACUGAGUCUUGCAUAAUCA